CACUAUUUUUCAUACAAUACCACUUACACUAUUAUGGUCUUGGAGGAAGUUGGAAAUAGUCUUUGGGAAUGAGCUUUCUUCCUAGUUUCUUUUAUAUAUUUGAAUACUUCAAUUGAUGAUGACAUCCAUGGAAAAUCAGACUAGAAGUAUUGCAUAAGGUAUUGCAAAGUCUGUUUGACUUGGUAUGUUUUCAGUGUGUUGAAUCUUAUCAUUGUUAUAUAUUGUUACUGAAGGCAUAUAUGGUUCAUAUCUUCAUUCCCAGAAGGCCGAAGAUUUCUCUUCCCUGUCUUUGCUUUGUUGCCAUAACAUUGCCUAGAACUUAUGGGGUGUGGAAGAGGACUGUUAUCAUUGUUCUUCAACAACACAAGACCGAAGAAACUAGAAAGUUCGCCGUCAGUCUCAGGCAAUGACAGCAAGAUAUUAGAGGAGCUCAUCACUUCUUCAAAUUGCAAAUGUAAUGUUCCUGCCCGUGUUUUCUCUGCCGAGGAGCUCAUUAAGGCAACAAACCACUUUUCUUGUCAUAACAUGGUUAUUGAAGACGCUUUUUAUUCUGUGUACGAAGGCUCUUUUGAAAACCAAUCAAUUUUGGUUAAGAAGUAUAGAAAAGAGGAUUGCUUUUGGCCCUCGGACAAGAUCAAAUCCUAUGCUAUUCGUGACAUAGAGAUAACAUCACAGAUGUGCAGCCACAAGCAUGUUCUGAAGUUCAUAGGUUGUUGCCUAGAACUCCAGUUUUCGGCUCUAGUGUACGAAUACAAAGGAAAAAUUCAAUUUCUCUCUCAUGGCUUGCAUGAAAGGGUCCCGGGUUCGGUGCAUAAUGGAUCAUUAUCAUGGAAAAGUAGGUUGAGUAUUGCAAAUGACAUUGCUAGUGCCCUUGUGUAUCUCCACACUACAUUUUCUACACCCAUCGUCCACAGGAAUUUAAAACCAAGUAAUUUUAUCAUUGACCAAGGCGGAGUUGCUAAACUCUUGGAUUUCUCGUUAUCUAUAUCGAUUCCUCUGGGAGAAUCUCAAGUAGAAGAUAUGGUGGUUGGGACAUGUGGGUUUGCAGAGCCUGAGUACAUGGCCACGGGCAUUCUUACUACGAAGACUGAUGUUUAUGGUUUCGGCGCAAUCCUUCUUGAAAUUUUGACAGGACAAAUGUUUGUGGACGUUAACCAUGGAAAAAAUCAUGGUCUUUUAGGUAAUUUUGUGAAAGACCAUGUAAACAAAGGUAAGUUAAAUGAAGUUGUGAAUCCUAGAAUCAUGGCAGAGGGAGGAGGGAUUGAGCAAGAGAAGCAAUUUCGAGCUUUUGUAGCAAUUGCCUUGAAAUGUACCCAAGAAAAGAGAGAAGAUAGGCCGGAAAUGAUCGAUGUGGCAGAAGAACUUAAGCGAAUUCAGAGGUCUGUUGACACUGAUCAUUAGCUCUACCAUAAACUCAUUACAGAAGGAUGGCUUUGAUUCAUGUCAUGCAUAGGCACCAAUUUGUAUGUUAGUUGUAAGAUAAAUUGAUAGAGAGAGAAUUAUAGAGAGAAUAAAUUGUAUGUAUUCAAUUGAUUGAUUAUUCAAUGAUUUACAACACUCUCAUUUAUAGAGAAGAAAGAUGGUACCAUAGGAUACUAACUAACUAACACCGAAAGCAGAAACAUUAAUAUUAGUGGGACAGCUGGACAACUAGAUAUUGCACACUAAUAUUACAUUAUUGCUAUAUUAUACUAAUAACACUAACAGCUCCCCUCAAACUCAAGGAGGAUAGGCACUAACCAACUUGAGUUUGGAGAGAGUAACAAAAUAAGAAAAUAAACUGACAAAUAAAAUAAAAGUGGAUAGGAGACACUAUAUGGUCAUGUCAGA